CUGUUUAUAUUCAUUUAUAUUUCCAGAAUUAUUUUACAAAUACAGUCUACUAACAGUUAUUGAUGGAGAAAUACCUGUAUGGAAAUUUCAUGUUGUUACUGAUGCAGAAACUCCAAGGCAGAAGUUUCAAUGCAAGUUUCCUCAUAUGAUGUUAUACUAUUGAUAUGUUCUUUUGUUCAUGAACUACUUUUUCCAAAUAUUUGACAUGACUUUUUAUGUAAUUAGCAAAUGCUACAGAAAAACCAGAGCCCAACAUCAUGUCAUCACACAAGGUUUUCCCUGAUGCAGAAGCGUCUAAGGACGUGCCUCUGGGUCGCCCUCAUUUAAUUUCUGCUGUCAAACCCCAUUGGAUUUCAAGGUCUUUGAUGCAUGUUCCGAAACUAUUUGCAUGCAAAAACGGCCUCUGCAACAGGAAAUGUACAAUAGUGAUAAGAGAUGAGCAAAGGUCAUGGGAAUUUAGGCUGUAUUCCUGUGGAGGCAGCACUUUCAUUGGAGGGGGAUGGCGUGAAUUUUGCGCUGCUAAUUUCUUAAAGGAAGGAGAUCGCGUUAUGUUUGAGAUAUUUGCCAAGGCAGAGAAACCUAUACUGAAAUUUUAUGAUUUGAGAGCAAAUGCAUCACUUCAGACCGAAGCAAAGAAUCCUGAUUUGGAUGCUAAUAGAUAUUCCACUCAAGGCCUCGGUAUUGAUACCUCAGGUAUGCCUGCUACAAAAGCACGAAUCCCUGCUUCAACAUCUGCUAAUGCUAACCCUCAAUUUAUUUCUACUAUUAGACCUUAUUCCAUCAACAGAACAUUUUUGUAUCUUCCAUUGGAUUUUGCAAAAUCAAAUGGCUUGAUGAAUAGACGUUGUGAGAUGAUUCUCACAGAUGAGAAACAGCGAUCAUGGUCGGUGCAGCUCGGACCAACAGGACAUCACGUUGCGAUUACCAGGGGAUGGACAAAAUUCGUGAAAGCAAAUGAUGUCCAAGUAGGAGAUACUUUUAAGUUUGAACUCAUCAACAACGGAACAAUACCUAUAGCGCACUUCCAUUGUAAAUAUUCAGAAAAGGAUGGCAAGAAUGAGAGAAGCAUUUGACAAGGUAAUGAAGCAGUUGGUGAUGGGCAAGGGAAAAAAAGAGCACUGAAGAUGUUUUUCUAUCUAGUACAUGUUGCCAAAUCUCAAGAAAAUUAAUGUACUUUGAUUUUUUGUGUUUUCAAAAGCAAAACUUGCUUUUGUAUGCUGUUAGCAUUACUAAUACUAAAGAUUAAGUCCCCCUUUUUUGUUUAUAUCAUGACACCAGAAGAUUGAGAUUUGAGAAGUGAUUAUGGUGUAUCCAUGUGUGAACCAAAAAGCAAGGAUUUCUUGGACCUGGUUGGACAAGGGUA